AUGCAACAUCCUUUUAUGGACGUUCCCACUGCUAGAGGAAAAUUGAAAAUGCGCAUGGAAAAUCAAAUGGUACGUAAAAGAGAAAGGGAAUUUCAGCACGAUCAAAUGUGGAACAACGCGACCAAAUAUUACGAACAUUGGCAGCAAACCAACACGAAAUUGGACGGCUGGACUUCCCCACGUUACUAUCAAGAUAACAACAAGCUUAUGGAAGACAUCAAGAAGAAACGAGAAAAAGAAGAGCAGUUGGAAAAGAGAAGAGAAAAACUGAGACGGUUAUACGAGGAAGACCGUAAAACUUACGAUAUUGAAUUGAUGAUUAAUAAGACAAAACCGAAAACACCUUUUAGCAAAGUUGAUUCGAUACCUACAGAAGUUUUGAAAGAAGUUAAUAGUGAGCUUAAAUUAAGAGAGCAAGAUCGCAAAAGACAUGAAGCAGAGCUGCAGUUAUACCAUCAGUGGAGAAAAAAUAAUCCAAUUAUCAGACAAUAUGAGAGCAAGUAUCGACAUAGAGACUUAAAAUUGAGUUGGUUAGACCAGCAGAUCGAGAAACGAAUGCAGAAAGAACGUGAAGAAGAAGAGAUGAAGCAGUUGCUGAAGGAGAAAGAAGAAAAAUUCAGGAAACAUGAGGAAGAAGAACAGAAUUUCGAGAAAUUUGUACAGGAAAGGAAACAAAGAUUAAAGGAAUGUUUGGAACUGCAGAUGAAAGAGUUGCAUGAAAAGGAAGAGGCAUAUAAAGAGCUGAAGGUGGAGGAAAUUGAAGAAAACAAACAACAACUUGUCUUAGCUAAUUUAGAGGAAGAGUAUAAGAAAGAAGAAAGAAGGAGAGCAACUAUUGAAUGUGCCUUAUACAACAUUAAACAACAUAAGAUGAAAUUGAAGCAGAAAGCUCAUGAGAUUCAAGAAAGUCUAGCAAAUGAAGUAAUGUUGAUAAAUAGACUGAAACAGUUGGAAUUGCAAGAUAUGUUAGAUAGUGAAACAAAGAGAAUGGAAGUCCGAGAAAGUUUUGAUAAAUAUUUUGCAAUGACUAAGGAACAUCAAGACUUGGAGAGGAGGACCGAGGAGCAUCUAAAGUUUCUUUUUGAUUCUGAGGCUAAAGCAGUUUAUGAAAAACAGCAGGAAGUUUGGAAGAUGGAGGAAAUGCUGCGAGCAAAUUUAUUCAAGAAAGUUAUGGACACAUUAAAGUCACAAAUUGAAGAAAAAGUAGCUAGAAAUAAGGAGAGGCAAAAACAGAUAGAAAAGGAUAAAAUUGAAAUGAUGAGGAAAAUUCAGGAGUACAAUCAAGAAGUGGAUAAGUUGGCUAAGGAAGAAGAAGCGAAAAAGCAUACUGCCAAGGAAAUGAUAGAUGAUGAUUUAAGGCUAAAAACUUUGACUAAGAAGCACCAGGAGAAUGUCAGGCUAAAAGAAAUCAAUGAACAGCUUGAUAGAAUUAAAAAGGAAGAAGAAAGGUUGCAAGAAGAAAUAUUGAAGAUGCAGAGAAAGUAUGGACCAGUUAAACCACCAAGGAGUAGACUAUUUUUUUGA